AUAAAACAACAAUUUUUUGAAUACCUAUAAAUUCUGUGUGAAAUCAUCUCAACAAUUGCCGUCGGCAAGACACUUUCGACAAAGGAGAUACUUUCCAGAGAUGCAGGCCCAAAGCGGAUAGCCAGGAUCCCUCGAGGAGGCAGGAGUCAAAACCCCCAAGGAAAGGGUCCAGUCCAUGAGCGGAACGCCAGCAGCUGUCAGCAAUCGUGAUCAGGAGGCGGCAGGCUUCCGAUCGUCAGAGGAUAAUGUGUUCAAUAUUUCGCAAUCGCAUCAAUUAUCGGGGCACGGGCAGCAGGAGCGGCAGCCGGCUCGGGGAUAGGGACCGAGAGAACCUGCUGGCCAAGGAGCUGGAUGCGGACAGCAACAACAAUGGCGGGAUGGAGGCAACGCCAGCGAGCCACCCAGAAGUGGAACCCGAGGCUGAGCCCGAAGCCGAAACGGAGCUGCUCGAGGAGGAGCAGCGAUCGCCCGUGCAGGACGAGGCCUCGCCGGAGAACAGCAACGAGGCGCUGGAUCUGUCGCUGAUCUCCGCCAGCAGUCGACUGCCCACCAGCGGUCAUGUGGCGCUGGAAGCUUUACAACAUACCAAAGUGGCGGUGGCCCAGUUCGCGGCCACUGCGCUGGCGGGCGCUGCGGCGGGCAACCAGCGGCCCGCCGAUCUGGCCAUGGUGCAGUCCACGAUCUUCAAUGUGCAGCGCCAGCACCUGAUGCAGCUGCAGCUCAUUCAGCAUCUACAGAGUCAAUUGAAGCGCGCCGAGGCAGUGGCCCUGGGCAGGGGCCAGGCGGCAGGCCACAGUGAGGAGGAGCAGGAGGAGGAGGAGGAGGAUGCACAGGAGCAGCAGCAGCAGCAGGAAGAGCAGCGGCCCAAUGGUAGCUCCUCCUGGGAGCACGAGGAAUCCAAGGAGCUGCGGCGCGAGGAGAGUUCAAAGACUGAAAAGAGAGCGGAAAUCGUAAGGGAAAAGGAGCCAAGUCGAAAGCAGAAGGAUGACCCCUUAUCGGAGGUUGAUCCUGCCACUGGCAAUGACUACCUGAUGUGCGACAUCAGCUCGAGUCUGGCCUCGAGCAUCAUCACCAACCACGACCCGCCGCCGGCGCCCAACGAGCCCAACUGCCUGGAGAUGCUGCAGCGACGCACCGAGGAGGUGCUGGACUCGGCCUCCCAGAGCCUGCACGCCGCCCAGAUGCAGGAGGAGUACUCGGAGUACGCCUCCAAGGAGGCGCAGAGUCGCGGCGAGAUCUUCAAGCACCGCUGCAAGUACUGCGGCAAGAUCUUUGGCAGCUACUCGGCGCUGCAGAUCCACCUGCGAUCCCACACGGGGGAGCGGCCCUUCCACUGCAACGUCUGCGGCAGCAAGUUCACGACGAAGGGCAACCUCAAGGUGCACUACCAGCGGCACACGCAGAUCUUUCCACCCAUGCUGAUGCCCCCCGUGGUGGCUCCAGUCUCGAACGGCGGACAGCCGCCGCAGUCCCAGCCGCCGACGGAACAGUUUGCGUCGCUGAAUCCCAUACGCCUGCCCUUUGUGCCGCCGCCGCCACCGCCACUGGAGCCCAGUCCGCUGCAGCAGCUGGAGGAGAUGGAGGAGAACAGGAGCCUGGAGCAGCAGCAGCAGCCACAACAGGCGGAGGAUCUCAGCAAGCCAGGACCAAAGGAAAAGGAAAACCUGAAAGAGAAAGAAAAGGAAAAGUCUCUCUCGCCCGUGCAGCGUGCAAAGACGCCUAAACAGGUGACACCAGAGCUGAGCAGACACCAGCUGGCGGUGGAUUCCCCGCCGGAUAAACCAGAGAAGGAAUCCCCCAAGCCCGUGGCGCCACCGCGCCGCAAUGGAAGCGUUCGCAAGCGGCAGACGAGCAGCGCGGGCAGUCCGCCCAGCGAGGAGCGGGAGCGGGAGCGGGAACGAGACCUCGCCGAGCACCUGCACAUUGCCAAGCUGGUGCGACGCUCCUCCUCGACCAGCAGGGAGGCGCCGGGGGAGUACUCCUUGGCGCAGAUGGAGCGCAUCAUUGACAAGUCGUGGGAGGAUCUGAUCGAGAUUGACAAGACAUCGGAGACGUCGAAGCUGCAGCAGCUGGUGGACAACAUUGAGAACAAGCUGACCGAUCCGAAUCAGUGCAUCUUCUGCCAGAAGGUCAUGUCCUGCCGCAGCUCCCUGCAGAUGCACAUUCGCACCCACACGGGCGAGCGGCCCUUCCGCUGCAAGAUCUGCGGCCGAGCCUUUGCGACGAAGGGGAACCUGAAGGCGCACAUGAGCAUCCACAAGAUCAAGCCGCCGAUGCGGAGCCAGUUCAAGUGUCCCGUGUGCCACCAGAAGUUCUCCAACGGCAUCAUCCUGCAGCAGCACAUUCGCAUCCACACCAUGGACGACGGCAGUGGCGGAGGUGGGCAGCAGGCGCCACCCCAAGGCGAUGCCGAGCGGCUGGGCAUCGAGGAUCAGAACUCAAACAAGUCCUUGGGCACCUCGGACACGCUGGACUUUUCCACCACCAUCUCGGAUCACUCGGGACAGCGUUCGGAGUCGUCGCAGGGCGGGGACUUCGAUGAGUUCAUGACGAUGGACAGCACGGAUGAUUCCAGGGAUAACUCGAGUGCGGCCACCGCCACUCCGCAUCCUUUGGAGCGGGAGCGAGAGCGGAGACCGCCCUCCGAUGAACGCUCCAGAUCGGAGCUGGACAUGACUGGAGGCGGCCGCAGCGAGAGCGGGGAAAUGCCUGCCAUGGAUCUCUCCUCGCCGUCAGCCGCCACGGCGCGACUCUUCAAUGGUGUGGCAGGAGGAGCAGCAGGAGCAGUGGGGGGAGGCGGCACUGCCUCUGGAUUGCCCAUGCUCGGCAUGCCCAUGCCACCGAAUCUGCUGCUGAUGGCAGCGGCGCGCGAGGAGAUGCACGCCCUGGGGCAGGCCCAUGCCCAUGCCCAUGCCCAUGCCAAGUUCCCCCUGCUGCCGUUUGGCCCACUUGGAUUUAUGGGCCUCCAUCCGCCCCCGAAUGUGUGCAAUCUGUGCUUCAAGAUGCUGCCCAGCCUGGCCGCCUUGGAGAGCCAUCUGCAGAGCGAACAUGCCAAAGAAGUCACGGGUCCACAGACCCAUCCAAGACAAACCCACUGCAAUGAUGCGGCAACGCCCUACGGGGCCAAGCUCACACUCAAUCCAAAUUUGUUUGCAAAGAAGCCGUCGCCGGCGCCACCAGCAGCAGCAGCACCCUCGGCAGGCGACAAGUUGUGUGCCGAUUCCAGUGUUUCCCAGUCGCAGCCCUUGGAGGCGACACCCAUCAAAGAGGAACCCGAGCAGGAUCAGCUAUUGGGUGAAGAGGCAAGCUCUGGAGAAGGAACAGCAGCAGCUGGAGGCGGCAGUAACUAUCCACAGGAUGCCAUCGACGCAGAGCAAUCACUGAUGAAGAUGCAGCUGCAUGCCCAUCGAUUCCCCGCCAGUCCGCUGGACUUUCAGCAGGCUUUGAUGUCCGCUGGUCCGCCCACCUCCAGCCUGGAUCCGCCCGUGAACAACAAGCAUUUCUGUCACGUCUGCCGGCGCAACUUUAGCUCCAGUUCAGCGCUGCAGAUCCACAUGCGCACCCACACGGGGGACAAGCCUUUUCAGUGCAAUGUGUGCCAAAAGGCAUUCACAACCAAAGGAAACUUAAAGGUUCACAUGGGCACUCAUAUGUGGACGAAUCCCACUUCGCGUCGUGGUCGUCGCAUGUCGCUGGAGCUGCCCAUGCGUCCCGGGCCGGUUGGACCUGGUGCGGCACAUGGUGCACCCACGGCCGAGCAGGAGUUCAUGCAGCGACGCCCCGAGCUGUUCUUUCCCUACCUGCCGCCCUUUUUUAAUGGAUUGCCACCGAAGCCUGGUGAGCUAAGUCCUGGCGCCUUUGCCAACAUACCGCCGCCGCCUUUUGCCAAUGGUGGCAAGUAUCCCUAUCCGCCGGGACUCUUGGGUUUUCCCGGGUUUUUGGGCCAACAUCCGUAUGCCCUGGAGCGUGGCAGCAGCAGCAAAUCCCCGACACCCGAGCCCGCACAGAGUCCUGAUGAGGUGGCCAGCAAUAUUUGGCAUCCACUGAGUCGCAUCAAGAUGGAGAACAAUCAAAACGAGGGACACCAGCAGCACGAGCAGGAGCAGGCUGAGGCUGAGGGCGAGACGGAGGCGGAUCGAUUGGAGGCCGAAGAGUCCGAGUCCCGCGAUGCGGACAAGUAACCGAGCAGCAGCUGCAGCAGCAGGACGUAGUCUUGGUCGUGGAACACACAUGGUUUUUUGUGGAGUACAUAUCUUGAGCAUAAUCCAUACGCUAAGCUUCGACACACACACACACACCCUACACACACUCCCACACACACCCUACACACAUAUAUAUACGAGUAUAUCCUUUGUGUCUAUAUAUAUACGAUAAUUGAUAGCGAUCUUCAAGGCAUUUAAAUGCAUUAAGUUUAGUCGAUAAGUUGUAAAAAUGAGCAGAAGCAGAGGAACGAACACCCCUGGCAUAGAGUGGAGUGGCGCUGCAGGACGAAGGUCAGAACUUAACUAAUUUUAUGGCUAUAACUAGAUAUAUUACGAAAUACAUAUACAUAUAUACAUAACAUAUAAAUACGCGUAAUGUAAACUGUGGUAGUUGCAUAUAAAAAAAUUGAACAAUUGAUAACGAAAAUCGAGCGAGCGAUAAUCGCGUGGA